AAUUCAUUAAUUACUACUAGGAUUAAUCAUUAUUAAUCCUUGCAGUAGAUCGAAACAUAAUUAACUGCAGCUAAGAUUUUUCAGCUUCUUCCUACAAUACGCGGCUUUGUCAUCUUUGGAGUUGUCCAAGAAGCCAUUAAACAUUACUCAGUUUUUGGCCUUGAAAUGAACUUGUCGUGGGGGAACUUGAUGACCCUUUUUUUUUUUAUCUAACAAUAGUAAUUCGAAAACUUAUUCCCCAAAAGUCUUGCAUUUCUAACUUAAUUCCAAGUUACCACUGGUUUCUUGCCACUAUAUAUACAUGUCUUUGCCUGUUGCCGUAUUGCAGUAGGUUAUGAGAACGGCUGGUAGGGGCGUAAGAACAAUAAAUAGACUUACUAAGUUAAUAACUUAUAGGUGGUCGAACUGUUGCAUUUUCUAAGAGAGAAAAAUUUUAUGGCUGAUGGGCUGGCUUAAAAUUUGUAGAUUGCUUGGUUCUGAGGGGAAUGCGGCUGCCACCAUCAGAGCGCAAAGGAUUAGAGUCCCAAACUUUGUGUAGCUCACACUCCUCUCCUUAUUGAGUGAAGGAGGAGACUCACGCUGACCAAAGGGCUGGCUUCAGGUCUAGAGAGAUUUCCUUUUCACGAGAUGAAAUCCAAAAUAAGACGGGAAAAAACAAAUUUCCUUCAAAGACGGUGUUUAGCUCUUCCGGAGGAAUUAUGUUGUCGAUUUUCACUAGCCGAGAUCAAAGCUGCUACCAACAACUUCCAUAAAGAUAUGGUUAUUGCUAAAGGUGAUUCGGGAUUUAUAUAUGGAGGGAUGAUUAAUGAUGGAUUCUUUGCUAUCAAACGCUUGAGGCCAAGUACUAAUUCACUCCUGCCACUCCAGGAGUUAAAAUGUGGGGCGCGGAUGCUCUGCCAGCUGCACCACUCAAACAUCGUAUCUCUCGUUGGCUGGUGUGAAGAGAAAGGAGAGAUGAUCCAUGUGUAUGAAUAUGUAAGCAGCGGGACUCUUUAUGAUCAUCUCCAUGGCAAAGAUUCUGAUCCACUCCCUUGGAAGCGAAUGCUAGAGAUAUGCAUUGGUGUAGCGCGAGCAUUACAUUACCUCCAUACGGGUGCAAGGUUUGUAGUAAUCCACCGGGACGUCACUAGCAGUAGCAGGAACAUUCUUUUGGACGGGCAAUGGACUGCUAAGCUUUACAAUUUCGGCUUCUCCAAGAGGGGUCCCCAUAGUAUGUCAAACGAUCCGGUUUCCAUAGAAAUAGACUCAGAUAUAGCUUAUACUUUUGAGUGUAUGGCUCCGGAAGGUAUGAUGACUAACCGCCCAUCGCAUAAAGCUGAUGUGUACUCAUUUGGGGUAGUUUUGUUUGAAGUUCUAUGUUGCAGACGCGUAUUUGAUGCAACAUUGAAUGGGGAUCAGCGACAUCUUAAUCGUUGGGCCUGUAAAUGCAUCGAGAAUGGAACAAUUUAUGAUAUCAUUGAUCCAUAUUUAAAGGGGAGGAUAGCUUCAGAGUAUUUCAAGAAGUUCGUGGAGAUUGCUUAUAGUUGUGUCAGUUUUGACGUAAAUAAAAGGCCUGCCAUGGGUGAGGUGGAGGUGACAUUGGAGCUUGCGUUGGAGCGGCAGAACAAAGCAGAUUCCAAAAUGGAGUGUAGUUCCUCAAGGUGAAUGUAUGUAUGAAGAAGCAUCAUUUGAUACAGCCUUUAGCACACGUGUUCUUCAUGAUUAUGGUGGAAACUCAUUGGUACCAAAUAGCAGCCCUUCUAUAGAUAGCAUCAGCAAUAUUAGCUAGUGAUACUUUAAAUUAGAUCAUGAAUUCAUUGCGAGUAAAAUUAUGUGAUUUCAGUUGUUCUAAUUUUACCCCUCUUAAGAUUAAUUUUUUUUUUAAGUAUUGUCAUUCUAAAUUCACAGUGUAAUAACAAUAGUAGAAUAUUUAAACAGGAAAUCAUGGUAGUUCUUUUGAA